GGAAGUUUCAUUUGUAUGAGCUUUGCAACAACCCAACAGCUGGGUUUAGGAGGAGCCAAGAAGACCGGCUGCUGGAAUUCCUGCUGUCCGUGUGAGCCACAGUCUGGAUUGCCCUGAUGAGCUGAAGCUGCAUGGGGGCCAGGUUCACCAGCCAGGCUCUAAUGAGAGGUGGGGUCUGGGGAGCCGGGUUUAAAAGGAGGACUGAAGCAAGUCAGAGGUGCAGCCACUGACGGAGCCAACGGCGCGAGAGAGGGAAGAAAGGAAGAGGACUGACCAGAGACAUCAGAAUGUAUUAGCUUCAAAGGACGCUGUGACUCCGUCUGUGUCUGUCCAGAAAAGCUGGGUCUCACCCCUUUAUUAAAUGGAGUUUGGAAAAAGCAUAUCCAAAAACACUUUUAAAAAAGCAAAAAUCAAGAAAAUGGAUAGAAAGUAACCUAUUUUGAACUUAGAAAAUUAACCAUGAAAAAAUGAACCAAAAGAAGCAAGGUUCUGAAAAUCACUGGAAAUUGAAAACUUCUUUUUCUCAUCAUAUGCAUAUCCAAUUAACAACUGACUUUGCUGUGCAUCUUCUUUAAUAAUGGGCAAUGUGACAUUACUGAGGAGAUAUUUCAGCACCUCUUGGCAUUGCAUCAAAUUAUAUAUCUCCCUAGCUGUCACCAUCAGUUUUUUAAUAACAUUUUUAUUUCUUAUUUCCAUAGUUUCUCAUUACUUCUUUAUUUUAGCUCCAACCCAUGAUCAAGAAAAUAUGGGUGUACUAGAGGGAUUUGCCUACAGUACUAAAGGCGGAGAGAAAUCAGAAGCAAGUAUUUUUUUCAGAAACAACAGAACUCAUAGCUUCAAAGAGAAUUUACAAACAAUAAAAGAACAAGAACAAAUGACAGACAUGCCCACAUUUACUAGCAGAGGCGCACAUGAUAAAUACAUCCAUCUUCAUCCCUACCGCUUUCUCAUUAGUGAAAGUGACAAAUGUACAAAAAGAACUCCUUUCUUGCUACUCUUAAUAUCAACCACAGUCAAUGAACAUGAACACCGGGAAGCUAUCCGGAAGACAUGGGGGAAUGAAAUGGUAGUUCCAGGAAUAGAGGUGGUUCGCUUGUUUAUGUUGGGAUUGACUAAGGAAGGACAGAACCAAGCCAUAUUACAAGAAAGCAGGCAGUACCAUGAUAUCAUUCAGCAGAACUUCUUAGAUACUUACAAUAACCUAACCCUUAAAACCCUAAUGGGCAUGACAUGGGUUGCCAGCUACUGUUCUCAAGCCAACUUUGUCAUGAAAACUGACAGUGAUGUUUUUGUGAAUACAGAAUAUUUGAUACAAAAACUGCUACAGCCCAUUAGGCCUCUAUCCAGAGGAGAGUACUUCACCGGCAAUAUCAUGAGAGGGUAUCAGCCCCAUCGUAUUAAGACAAGCAAAUGGUACAUGCCCAAAGAAGUCUACCCUGAUGAUAACUACCCUGAAUUUUGUUCAGGGACUGGCUAUGUUUUCUCUACACCUGUAGCCUCAAAGAUUCUUGAAGCAUCUGUAAGCAUACCAUAUGUACAUUUAGAAGAUAUAUAUGUAGCACUCUGUCUCCUAAAGGAAGGAAUCAGCUUGACUCCUCCACCCAGGCAGGCAUUGUUUAACAUACACACAAUUCCAUUUUCUCCAUGUACUUACAACAGCUUAAUUACCUCUCAUGGAAUUCAUCCAAGUGAACUGCUAACCUUCUGGCAAGCACUGCAAGAUAAGAAGCAUACAUGCCCCGAAUGAGGGGAAUGUACUGGAACAUUCAUCUGUGGGCUUUUUAGAUGCUAUGUUGCCUUAUUUUAAUUUAAUAUUAAUAUAUUAGAAAUAGUUAUUGAUCAAGGAAGCUUUGGCUUGACCACACAUUUGCAUAAUCUUGAAUAGAAAUGCAUGCCUGUGUUGGGAAAUUUCAUAAGUGAGAGCAAACAGGUAGUGAAGUAAGAAAGCUUACAACAUACCUUCUCAUCCAUCACUGAAGCCUGAGAGGAUUUCAACAUGAAUACAAAAAACCAAAAAUCUGCAGGCAUGAAAAGUUGACAUAAUGGAAUAAAACCAACCUGGGGGAAAUCCUAAAGGGCUGGUCACAUAAGGAGCUCGUGAUCAGCUAAGAGAAAGGGACAAAAUAGGGAAUCCAGAGACUAGAGAUGUGCAUGGAAGCAGUUUUGGCAAUGUGGUUCAAAUUCUAAACAAACUGACAGUCCGUGAACUGGUUCGGCCAAACGGGCCGAUGGUCCGGUCAGUGCAGGUGAACCAAUUUGACCUGGUUCAAGGGGCUAUGCUUUUAAAGGGGAAUCCAAUGAGGAUUUUGUUUUACAAGCAAAGGGGAAUCCUGCCUUUAAAAGGGUUCUAAGGGCAGCAGGGGUGUGUGCAGUGAGAGGGCACCUUACCACCACCAGCAGCAUGGUGGCAGCAGCUCCACUAAACCCCACUGGUGCCCCCCCCACCCCACUCAGCAUUUGUCUGCAAAGAUAAAUGGGGAACUCAGGAGAGAUCUUCCCUGUGAGUAGAAAUCACAGGGAGGAUCUCUCCCCAGACACAGUGUUUGUCUCUGCAGAGGGGUAGGGCUAUGGAAUGCAUUGUCACGGGACACUAAAUGCCUUAAUAGGGCUAGUGUUUAUGUUCUUUGUAUGAUAGUCAUAAACGUUAAUAAUUUGCUACUGGGUUCCAGUAAAUACAGCAUAUUAUCUGUUGUUUCACACUCAUAAUGCUUCAUGCUAUAAGUCGAAUGCUUCCUCUUUCCUGUUCUUUCUCACACAGAAUAGGAGGCUUCAGUUCAAUCUCUCUGAUGAGGGUAAUGUCAACGGGUUGAGUUUUAAUACAUUAUUCUUAUAAAAUUAAACAUGUUUGUAUUAAAUUCAGAUUUCAUUUUAA